AUGAAUUAUCGUUCUGCAAAGCUUUUCUUGAUUCCUGCCCUUUUGACCCUCGCGGCUCAGCUCAUCUGCGUCUCCGGCGUCCAGAGGAAGAAGCCCCCGGAGCGGAGGCCGCAGCCCGCCUUGCCCACCGUCAGCUGCUCCGGCCGCGGAAUCAAAGCCGUGUUCGGUCCGCUGGUCCGAGACACGAUCCGCGUUCAAACCCUGACCGGGGCCGCGGUCCCGGUGCGUCAGGCUGAGGGCUCCUGCGGGGUGACGAUGGGCCAAGAGAAGAACCAGAGCCUGUCGUUCGUCAGCAGAUAUGACAGCUGCUAUGCUCGCGUUGAGGGCAGCAAAGUGGUCGUCCCCCUGCAGGUCCAGCUGACAGGAGAGGACCGGUGGAUCAGGGUGAACAUCAGCUGCUCCCUGAUCAAGAGACGCAACGAGAAAAUACAUCCAACCUCCACAUCAUUCCCUGGAAAGUGCAACAUCGAAAGAGCGCUGCGAAUAAACUGCGGACCCCGAAGCAUUUCCAGCGACACCUGCAACAAACUGGGAUGCUGCUACGACGCUCUCGAUCUGACCUGCUUCUACAAACUCAAUGCCUGCUCUCUGGACGGACACUUUGUGUUCUCGGUGAAGGCCACAGACACGCACCCGCCCGUCGAUCCCAGCAGCCUUGUAAUCAAGCAUCAGCCUCAUUGCUUCCCCGUCGUCACGACCCCGGACACCGCCGUCUUCAAAAUAGGAGUCACGGAGUGUGGUGCAAAGAUGACGGCACAUGGAGACAUGGUGACCUAUGAGGUGGAAGUGGGAGAGCUGCACAGUAGAAGAACAACCAAACAUUCUCCGUUUAGUCUCCAGGUGGAGUGUGAAUACGAGGCAUCCGAUCUAAAGCAUGCAAAAGACCUGCGGUCCUUGUAUGCGGUCACCAAUCCACCACCUGUCGUCGCACAGGGAACCAUCAAGGUGCAGAUGAGAAUAGCCACAGAUGCAUCUUUUACAUCCUUUGUUGCUGAGAACCAGCUGCCGCUGACCCUGCCCCUGCGUAAGCCGGUAAAUGUGGAGAUUUCCAUCAUGCAGCCGUCCCCGGAUCCGACGCUUUCGCUGCGUAUACGAGACUGCUUCGCCUAUCCGGUGUCCAGACACUCUGUGUGGACGCUUCUCUAUGAUGGGUGUCCCAACCCUGUGGACAAUAUGAGAAGCUCCAUCCAAGUGGACAAGCAGGGGAAGACCGACUUCCACUCCCAAGUUAGGAGGUUUGAUGUCAAGACCUUUGCUUUCCUGGACCCCCGAACAGGCAAUCCAAGUGUGGAGGAAAUGUACUUCUACUGCUGGGUGGAAAUCUGCACAAAUGAAGUCGAAUGUGCACAACGUUGCACCAUCAUCUCAUCUGAGAGUGUGAGACAGAGAAGAGAAGCCAUAUCCGAGUCCAACAGGCUUCAGCUGGUGUCUUUAGGGCCGCUGGUGCUGGUUCAGAACAACACAGAACCGACGGACGAUCCAUGCAUGAAGCACAAAACAAUGUUUCGGGUGACGGUGUACGUUCUCUGUGGCGUCAGUGCUGCCCUGCUGCUGAUGCUGUUCUUGGUGAUAUGCACGCGCAUCAGAAGGUGUCAGAAGUCAGACACACAGAGAGCGUGUGAUGCACAAGCUGACAGUGAACCAUCUCAAUAA